AUGGUCGCGUUCUGGGGAUGCGAGGUGACCGAGACCAAGGCGGCGGUUGUUGAUGUGCCCGAGGGCUUCGUGCUCAACGUGGUGAACGCCACGUGCGGCGCAUCCUCUGUCGAUGCGCAGGUCGCGCUAGGUCUAGAGACACAGCAGCUUGAUGGCAAGGUCUGGAAGGAUGCAGUGGCUCAUUUAGGCGCCAAGCAGCCUCUGCAGGUCAAGCUGGACCUGGUUUUCGGCCACAAGGUCAAGUUCUAUUUGGCCAAGGGCUCUGGUAUCGUGAACCUUAGCGGAUACUUCCAGCCAGGCCCUUUAGUCGAUCUGCUGGAGGAGGAGGAGACAUCAAUGCCUUCAGAAGCCCCCAAGAAGAGCAAGAAGCGUGCUCGUGAGGAGAAGAAGGAGGCUCAGAAGAGCUGGGAUGAGGGCGAGGUGCUGUGGCUGUCUCAUUGUGCUGGUGACUCAGAGGAAGUGUCGGAGAAGAAAGUCAAGUCCUCGAUUACGACACCUGCCAAGAAGGAAGACAAGAAGCCCAAGCAAGCCGAGACUCCUGCCACUACAGCUUCAAACUCUGUCACUCCAACGGGCACCGCGCAGAAGAAGAAGCGCAAGAAAAGCAAACAGAAGAAACAAGCUGUGAACGGCUCGGCCAACUAA